AUGCGCCUGAUGGGGUGCGUUUCUAGCGCCGGCGCGGACGCCGAGGGUCGUGAGGCCAAGAAAGUUAACAAACAGAUUGAGGAACAGCUUGCCAAGGAUAAGCAGGUUAUGCGAGCCACGCACAGGUUACUUCUCCUAGGCGCAGGAGAAAGUGGGAAAAGUACAAUAGUCAAGCAAAUGCGCAUUUUGCAUAUUGAUGGAUUUAAUGAAAAUGAAAAACUGGAAAAAAUGAAAGAUAUUCGGCGAAACAUCCGUGAUUCUAUGCAGGUAAUUCUGCGAGCAAUGGAUGAAAUCGACCCUCCAGUGUCGUUAGAUGACCCCAGUUUGGAAGAAAGUAGGCAAUAUAUUCUCAAUAUACCUGCAGAUCCUGAUUAUGAUUACACAGCGGAGUUUUAUGAUCAUGUUAAAAAGUGUUGGGCAGAUAAAGGAGUUAUAAGCUGCUUUGAGAGAAGUAGUGAAUAUCAGCUAAUCGAUUGUGCAAAAUAUUUUCUUGACAAGGUCGAUGUUGUACGGCAACCUAAUUAUGACCCUUCUGAACAGGAUAUUUUACGAUGUCGUGUUAUGACUACAGGCAUUUUCGAAACGAAAUUCGAAGUAGACAAAGUCAGAUUCCAUAUGUUUGACGUUGGUGGACAACGAGAUGAACGGAGGAAAUGGAUUCAAUGUUUCAAUGAUGUAACAGCAAUCAUUUUCGUUUGUGCAUGCUCUUCAUACAAUUUAGUAUUAUGGGAAGAUGCUUCACAAAAUAGGUUAAAAGAGUCUUUGUCGCUAUUCAGGAAUAUCUGGAAUAAUCGUUGGCUUAAAACCAUAUCCGUCAUUCUCUUCCUGAACAAACAAGACUUGCUAUCUGAGAAGAUCAAAGCUAAAAGGUAUUUGCUAGAAUCAUACUUCUCUGAGUUUGCUACCUAUCAAUUGCCUUUGGAUGCUGUUUAUGAUCAGUCGGAAGAUAAAGAAGUUGUACGAGCAAAGUAUUUUAUCAGAGGGGAAUUCCUGCGUAUUUCAACAGCAGCUGGUGAUGGUCGACAUCAUUGCUAUCCCCAUUUCACAUGUGCUGUGGACACAGAAAAUAUCAGACGGGUGUUUAAUGACUGUCGCGAUAUUAUUCAACGUAUUCACCUUAGACAGUACGAGCUAUUGUAG